AUGACCAAAUCACCAAACAUCCAUCACCUUUCCUUCCUCUCCCUCCUCCUCCUCCUCCUCCACCUUCCCAAGGCUCGUUCGGAGACGAACGCCACCUCUUCCGUCUCCUACGAGACCCACGUAUUCCCCUACUUCACCGGGGACGACGGGAACACCAACCUCAGCAUCCGGGCCGACGCCAGCAUCUCCCAGGGCGCCCUCCAAAUCACCCCUGACAGCUCCAACGUCGGCCCUUACCUCGUCAACAAGUCCGGCCGGGUGUUCUUUAAGGAUCCUUUCAAACUCUGGGAGGACCGAGACCACCCCCUUCGGUACGUCGCCUCCUUCAACAUCACCUUCUCCAUCAACAUCUACCGCCCGGACAACACGACCCCCGGCGAAGGCUUGGCCUUCGUCAUCGCUCCCGACACCGCGAAUCCCCCGCCGGGCAGCGAUGGCGGAUACCUCGGCCUCACCAACGCCACCACCGACGGCAACUCCUCCAACAACUUCGUCGCUGUCGAGCUAGACACGGUGAAGGAGAGCUACGACCCCGACGACAACCACGUCGGCCUCAACUUAAACAGCGUCGCCUCGAACAUCACAACCCCGCUGACGCCAUUAAACAUCACGAUCGCCACCCUAGGAAAUGGCAUCAACUACACCGUGUGGAUCGAUUACGAUGGCGCCGCUCGCCAUAUCUCGGUCUACAUGGCCGUCCGCGGCCGAUCGAAGCCAAACCUCGCCGUCCUCAAUACCUCGCUCGACAUCAGCAACUACGUCCGACAGUGGUCCUACUUCGGGUUCUCGGCCUCCACCGGCAUCACGUACCAGCUCAACUGCGUGCUAGACUGGAACAUAACGGUCGAAAAGCUCCCCGACGACCGGAACCCGGGCUGGUGGAAGUGGUACCUCGCCGGUGGUCUGGUUCUUGGGGCACUGGUGGUAGCUAUGCUGCUCUUGGUGGCCCGGUCUAAGAGAAGAAAGAGGGUGGGGGUGUUGGACCGCCGGGUAUUGAGCGACAAGCUCAAGAGCCUCCCAGGGAUGCCGAGGGAGUUCAAGUUUGAGACCCUCAAGAAGGCUACCAAUAAAUUUGAUACGAAGAUGAAGCUAGGAGAAGGGGGAUUUGGGGAAGUGUACAUGGGGUUGCUCCGGGCGGAGAACGACGUAACGGUGGCAGUGAAGAAGUUCUCGAGGGCCAGCAGCAAAGGCCAGGAUGACUUCCUGGCCGAGCUCACCAUCAUCAAUUGCCUACGCCACAAGCACCUUGUCCCCCUGCGCGGGUGGUGCCAUAAAAACGGCGUGCUGCUUCUGGUCUACGAGUACAUGCCCAACGGCAGCCUGGACCAGCACCUCUUCGGCGGCCCCAGCCGGCCGCUGCUCAGCUGGGACCGCCGCUACAACAUCCUCACCGGCGUCGCCUCCGCCCUCCAUUACCUCCACUACGAGUACAAUCAGAUGGUCGUCCACCGCGACAUCAAGUGCUCCAAUAUCAUGCUCGACUCCGCCUUCGACGCCCGCCUCGGGGACUUCGGCCUCGCCCGCGCCCUCAACACCGACAAGACCUCCUACACCGACAUCGACGUCGCCGGCACCAGGGGCUACAUCGCUCCAGAAUGCCUCCUCACUCACAAGUUCACGCGAGAGUCCGAUGUCUAUGCCUUUGGCGCCGUCAUCCUCGCGGUCGUCUGCGGCUGCGGCCCGAUCUUCGCCAACUUCCAGCCCCUGGUCGACUGGGUCUGGCGGUUCCACCGCGAGGGCCGAAUUCUCGACGCCGUCGAUCCCCUGCUUGGGACUGGAUACAAGCCGGAGGAGGCAGAGAGGUUGCUCCUCCUUGGUUUGGCCUGCAGCCACCCGAGCCCCGGAGAGCGGCCCAAGACGCAGGCCAUCGUGCAGAUCAUUUCCAAUUCGGCCCCGCCGCCGGAGGUGCCCCCAUUAAAGCCGGCUUUCGUGUUGCCGGCGGAGGCCAUCGACGAGGGGGACACGUCGAGCAGGUUGACCAGCAGUGCCGGGACGUCGUCGGCCGGCGAGUGGUUCAGGCAGAGCCUCAGCCUGGACGUGCAGGAGGGGGAGAGCGACAGCUCCAGCCUCCAGGGUGAGGGGAUAAGGAAUCAAAGAUGAUGGAAGAUGAAGGGAAACUGUGAAUAGAUAGGUGAGGCAUUAAUUGGCUUGCUCCUCCUUUUCUGAUCGGAUCUACUGGAAUGGCGACAAGCCUGGACAAUUCACUCCUUGCUUCUUGUUUGCUUCUUAGAUUUUAAUGGUGCAGCAACUUUUUUUUUUGUUAGUUUUCUUUUUUUUCUCGCCUCCUGUGUAAAAAUUUGAGCUUUUGGAACUCUUCCUCCCUAGUUCUCUCCAUGUGAAUAUUGGUCUUAUUUCGCAUGUGUGAUGUAAUGUUGCAGAGAAUUAGAGAGUGAUUGGACAUAUAGGAGAGGGAAAAUUCCAUAGUGAUUUUUAGGAUUUAUUUGUCGUGUAAUUUGCUAAAAUAAUAAAUGAA